AUGGCGCUAAGUCUUUCGUGGAAAUGGCUAACAUUUGGACAGUAUCCCCUUUUGUUCGAGUUCACAGAAUGGGAAGAUCGAUUGGAGCUGGAUUUAGAGUAUGAUACGGGAGUUUUGAGUGAACAACAGGUGGACAGUGUUCAGUCCUUGCUUAUGUAUAUAUUAUCCAAUUUGGCUUUGCAGCCCGACUCGAACCUACCUGUGGGCCAAAUCGGCGAGGGAUUGAAGAGGUUAGAUAUAUAA